AUGCGCCUGCCGACGUUGCUAGUCCUGAGCUUUGUUCUGGAUGUCGCAACCGGUAACAGAACGGCCCAGGCUACGACUGAUAGGGUCAGAAAUCUGCCCGGAGUUUCGUUCGAAACGAGAUUCGAGCAAUUCGCUGGCUAUUUGAAUUCUACAGAUGAUUCCGGGCCAUAUCAAUUGCAUUAUUGGUACAUUGAGUCUCAAACUAGCCCCGCUACAGAUCCGUUGAUACUGUACAUCAGCGGAGUACAAUGCAGUUCAGCUUAUGCAAUGAUGAUGAAUAUUGGGCCAUUUCGAUCUUACGGGGAAGGAAAGCCACUAUACGAGAAUGUUUUCUCGUGGAAUAAGGUAGCAAACCUUCUCGUGAUUGAUCCGCCUGGCAUUGGUUACUCUUUUAAUCCGAAUGAGGAGCUUAGCGACGAAACGAUCGCAACAGUCAUAGAGAAUGCCCUUACCAAUUUCAUCACGAUGUACCCCGAAAGGGCUAACAAUACACUCUAUUUGGCUGGAGAAGGUUAUGCUUCCGUCUAUGUGACGAAGAUUGCAUAUAUCAUUCUCGAAAAGCUGAAACUCGGACGAUCACAAAUGAAUCUGCAGGGAUUAUCGAUUGGAAAUGGAAUGCUCAGCGCACAAACCGAACUCAACACCAUCGUACCUAUGGCUUAUACACAUGGCUUUGCCGGCAAAGAGUAA